GCCACCACCCACACGACCCCAACCAGGGCUGGGGACAAACUGCACCGGAGGAGUGCCAUUUUUCUCUAUAGAGUCCACCUUCAGAAGAAUAUCGUGAAAGGGGGAAAUGUAGUGACCAGCUUCAUUCUUGAAGAGGAGGCCAUAAUUGGCGAGUGGGGCUGGCUGUGCUCCGUGUGGUGCAGGGUUGUGGUGUGUGUGGAGUGGCCCGGCUUUGUGCUCACUCCUCCGGCUGAUUCUAUUUCCAGAGAACUGCUGGUUUAUAUUUUAGCUCUUGCCAAGUUGUGAAAACAGUGAAGGAUGCUUAGACCACUUAACAUUCAAAUUGCUCUCUGGUUAAUCAUCUUUAGAAGACUGGAUUUCUGGAUAUCUACUCCACUCCUCUAUUGACUUUUAAGACAUAAUGAUGCAAACCUAUAACACUGGCAAUCAUCCAUGAACCUUUAAUUGCACUGAUUAAUAGCAUUUCAAGCUUCCUCAGGGAAUAAACAAUGACAUCAGCAGUGGUUGACAGUGGAGGUUCUGUUUUGGAGCUUUCCAGCAGUGGAGUAGAAAAUCAAGAGCACUUAGGAGUGUAUCAAAGCGGAGCACAUCUGGAAGGUGAAAUGAAUAUUCUCAGCUGACCCAGGUAGCAAGGCAAGCUGGAUAUGAAUGAACACCUGGAACAGGCUUAGCUCUGGGCAUUCUGUGCUGAGGAACAGUGUCAGCGUUGGCCUCGGAGAUGGCCGAGACCAUCUCCGUGCUGUGUCAGGAGUCACAUUGCUGCAGCUGGACUGGUUGCCCUUGAAGCCCAGUGCACAGCUGCCUGUGGAAUCUCUCUUCCCAGGCCUCCCUGAGGAGCACUGUCAUCUCGCCCCCAGGAAAGUGGGAAGGUUUCUGAAUGUCCAGCAGUGAUUGUGGAGCCAGUUCCAAGUGCCAGAUUAGAGCAGGGCUAUGCAGCCCAGGUUCUGGUUUAUGAUGAUGAGACUUAUAUGAUGCAAGAUGUGGCAGAAGAACAAGAAGUUGAGACCGAGAAUGUGGAAACAGCACCCAGAUUUAAGCACCUGAUCAUUCACUUUCUUAUACUGUUCUUGUGCAUACUCCUUUUGUGUUCAAGGGAGGUAGAAGAUCGACAUGAAAAACUGGGGAUCUGAAAAGAAGCCCCUAUCCUAGGAUUACCUGAAGGGGAAUCAGAUUGAGCCAGAAGGAAGACAAUGCUGUGGAAGCAUCAGUUCAUAGCAGUAAUGCACACUGUACAGAUAAGACAAUUGAAGCUGCUGAAGCCCUGCUUCAUAUGGAAUCUCCUACCUGCUUGAGGGAUUCAAGAAGUCCUGUGGAAGUGUUUGUCCCUCCUUGUGUAUCAACUCCAGAAUUUAUCCACGCUGCUAUGAGGCCAGAUGUCAUUACAGAAACUGUAGUCGAGGUGUCAACUGAAGAAUCUGAACCAAUGGAUACCUCUCCUAUUCCUACAUCACCAGAUAGCCAUGAACCAAUGAAAAAGAAAAAAGUUGGCCGUAAACCAAAGACCCAGCAAUCACCAAUUUCCAAUGGGUCUCCUGAGUUGGGUAUAAAGAAGAAACCCCGAGAAGGAAAAGGAAACACAACCUAUUUGUGGGAGUUUCUUUUAGAUCUACUUCAAGAUAAAAAUACCUGUCCCCGGUAUAUUAAGUGGACUCAGAGAGAAAAGGGCAUAUUCAAGCUCGUGGAUUCAAAGGCUGUCUCUAAGCUUUGGGGAAAGCAUAAGAACAAGCCAGACAUGAAUUAUGAAACUAUGGGACGAGCUUUGAGAUAUUAUUACCAAAGGGGUAUUCUUGCAAAGGUUGAAGGACAGAGGCUUGUAUAUCAGUUCAAGGAUAUGCCCAAAAACAUAGUGGUCAUAGAUGAUGACAAAAGUGAAACCUGUAAUGAAGAUUUAGCAGCAGCUACUGAUGAAAAAUCAUUAGAACGAGUGUCACUGUCUGCAGAAAGUCUCCUGAAGGCAACCUCUGUUCGUGGUGGGAAAAACUCAUCUCCUCUAAACUGCUCCAGAGCAGAGAAGGGUGUAGCUAGAGUUGUGAAUAUCACUUCCCCUGGUCAUGAUGUUUCAUCCAGGUCUCCUACUACUACCACAUCUGUGUCAGCAACAGCAGCUCCAAGGACAGUUCGUGUGGCAAUGCAAGUUCCUGUUGUAAUGACAUCGUUGGGUCAGAAAAUUUCAACUGUGGCAGUUCAGUCAGUUAAUGCAGGUGCACCUUUAAUAACCAGCACUAGUCCAACAACAGCAACCUCUCCAAAGGUAGUUAUUCAGACAAUCCCUACUGUGAUGCCAGCCUCUGCUGAAAAUGGAGACAAAAUCACCAUGCAGCCUGCCAAAAUUAUCACCAUCCCAGCUACACAGCUCGCACAGUGUCAACUGCAGACGAAGUCAAAUUUGACUGGAUCAGGAAGCAUUAACAUUGUUGGAACCCCCCUGGCUGUGAGAGCACUUACUCCUGUUUCCAUAGCCCAUGGUGCACCUGUAAUGAGACUAUCAGUGCCUACCCAGCAGGCAUCUGGCCAGACUCCUCCCCGAGUUAUCAGUGCGGUCAUAAAAGGGCCAGAGGUUAAAUCAGAGGCAGUGGCAAUAAAGCAGGAACAUGAUGUGAAAACUUUGCAGCUGGUACAAGAAGAAAAACCGGCAGAUGGAAAUAAGACAGUGACCCACGUAGUGGUUGUCAGUGCGCCUUCAGCUAUUGCCCUUCCUGUAACUAUGAAAACUGAAGGACUAGUGACAUGUGAGAAAUAAAAUAGCAGCUCUGCCGUGGACUUGAGACUGUUAGUGACAGUACUAACAUAAAUAUUUGCAAGGGAUGUCAUCAAGAAAAGUCAAAGGAGACUUUAAAACAUUUUUAAUGCACAUAGGAAAACAAUCAAACUUACUGGAAAUAAGUUACCUAUCCCAUGUUUCAGUGGGAAACGAACUACAUAUUGAGAUGCUGACAGAAAACUGCCUCUUACAGUAGGAAACAACUGAACCCAUCAAUAAGAAAAAGGAUUGAAAGGGACCAAGCAACUCACUACAAUAUCAAGUUACACUAAGACUUGGAACACUACCAUUCUGUAAGA